AUGCGCGCUGCCCGAGAAAUCCAGGCGCAGCGCGCCGAGACGGCCGAGACCGCCGAGGUCCUCGUCCAGCUCGACUCCAUCGGAGGCCGCGACACGGCAGCACUCGCACAGCUCGAGCGCGCGGGCGCGCGGCUCCUCGCGAGUGGGAGCCUCACUACAACUCUCCAGACCUACCUCAAGAAGCAGCAGGGCCUCGUCCAGCAGGAGCUCGCGACGCGCCGCGUGCUGGCGCGCCUCGCCGGCGAGGAGCCCGAGCCGACGCCUGCUCCGGAACCCGCGGCGGUCGCGCCGGCCGAAAAGGCGGCCUUCGCCGGCCCGCUGCCGCUGCCAUCGCAGCGGCGGCCACGCGCGGCGUCGCCCGCUCCCGAGGCCGCGGCGGACGAGGCCCACCGAGAAGAGCGCGGGACCGAGGGCCGGCGCGGCGAGACCAGCGACGGCGCGGCGCCGAACCCAGCGGCGCCCGCGAGCGAAGCCAGCGACGGCGACGAGGCGGCAGAACCAGAAAUGUUCGCGAGCGCGACCACUGGCACCGCGUCGCCCACGAGGCGCCGAAUGAACAAACCCCAGCAGCGACCCGGCGCGCGCGCGCGCGUGUCGUCGCGGCGCGCGACCGCGGACGCGACGCCGAACGCCGCCGAGUACGCCCACUGGGGCGCCACGGCGGUCGUCGCGGGCGGCGCGGGCGGCAUCUUCGCGCGGCACCGCGCGCGCAAGAAGCCGGUCGUCGAGUCGGAGGAGGCCGCGCGCGAGCGGCGGCGCAAGGAGCGCCGCGCGGCGGCCGCGGCGCGCCUCGAGCAGGCGCGCGCGCGGCGCGACGCGCAACGGAAGCUGCGGAGGCGGCGGCCGAAGAAGCCCGCGGCGUCGUCCGAGUCCGAGUCCGUGUCGGGCGGCGACUCGGACGACGACGACGAGCCGGCGGCGGCGGCGCCCGCCGCCGCGUCGCCCCCGCGGGGCCCGCGGCGGCUCGUCGUCGACGCGGCGACGGGCCUGGUCGUGGCCGAGGUGGCCCCUGCGCCGGCGCCGGUCGCCGCCGCGCCGCCGGAAGCGGGGCCCGAGCCGCCGGCCGCCGCCGCGCCGGCCGCCGCGCCGGCCGCGGCGCCGCCGACCUUCGCGAUGCGAUUCGCGCGACGCACGGCGGCGGGCGCGGUGCCGUCGCCGCGGCGGAGGGUGGAGUCGCCGCGGCGACCGGCGCCGGACGAGGACGACGGCGCGGCACCGUCGCCGCGUCGGCCCGAGGCGCCGGACUCGCCGCCGGAACGGCAGCGCGAGGCGCCGGCGUCGCCGCGCCAGCUCGCGGCGGCGCUGCCGACGCCGGAGCUCCGCGUCGAGCUGCGGUCCCGCGACGACGGCGUGGCCGUGCGGCUCCGGACCGACGGCCACCGCGCCGCCGCCGCCGCGAGCGACGACGACGCGCCGGCGCGGCAAGCGCAGCGGCGGUGGCAGGGGGCCGGUGCCGCGGCGCCCGCGGAGCCUACCGCGGCCGACACAGACACGGUCCGGCCCGACGCGCUGGCGGCCGAGGGGCCCGCGCCGCGCGGCGCGGCGGACACGCGCAAGCGCGUGCCGACGUCGGAUGGCGCGCCGGCCGAGCCGGUCGUCGAGUGCGCGACGCAAGCUGCGGAGGCCGACGCGGGGGCCGGUCGCGACGCGAGCCGCCCGCCGGCCGCCGAGCCGCGCGCCGGCGCCGACGCCGCCUCGUCGUCCGACGACGACGCGAGCUCCGGCGGUGCGGCCGCGGCGCCGGUGCCGCAGGAUUCCCGCGACGACGCAUCGACCGCGUCGUCGUCGCCGCGGCCGCCGUCGGCCGGGCGCACGGCGACGGCCGCGCCCGGGCCGCGGUCGGAGUCGGACUCGGACGCCGACAUGCUCGUGCCGACGCCCCGCGAGGAGCCGCCGCGCCCUACGCAACGACGCGCCGCCAUCUCCCUCUCCGCGGCGGACGCCGCGGCGGUCGCCGCGGCGGUCGCGGCCGACACCGUCGCGGACGCCGACGGCUUCGUGGGGCGCCUGCGGGGCGGGAAGGCGAGGUCGCCGGUGGAAGCGCCGUUGCCGGCGCGAGAUGAGCCGACGCCGCCGGCGCGCGAGGAGCCACCGGAACUGGAGCCACCAACACUAAAAGACGAGCCACCGCGCCCGCCGCCGCCGCCGGCCGGCGACCUCGAAGCGAAAGGCGAAUUGUGCCUCAGGGCCCACCCGGACCUCGCCUCGCUCUUCUCCAAGUGGGCCGUCCUCCGGGGCCAGACGCGAACGAGGCCGAACCCGACGGACGUCCGGCUCCACAUGAACCGCCAGUGGAAGUUAUAUACGAAUUAUAGGGAGGUCAUGGACGACUACGGCGAGGUCUUCAUGUCAGAUAGAGACGGGUCGAGCGAAGUUUAUCAAGGGAGCCCGUCUACUCUCCAUUUCCGAGUCAACAGCUCGCGGCCGGAGGUGUUCGACAUCGUGACCACUGUACUCUCAGAUAUGCAUAAUUGGGUCGAGCUCCCCGCAGACCUAGGAUUGAAGACGACGUGGAACUUGUUGUGGACGUGGUCGCGGCCGCGCGUCGACUACGACCGGCUUCUGUCGUGGCAGCGCGUGAACCACUACCCGCACGCGCGGCACCUGACGCGCAAGGACCUGUUGGCUCGAGCCAUCCAGCGCUUCCAGGGGUUGUGUGAGAGAGGCAAGUACGACGGGUAUUUUGAUAUCACCCCGGAGACGUUCCUGCUGCCCCAGGACUACGCGAAGCUCGUGCAGGCGUUCCGGAGGAAGAUGGGUGAACGGAACCUGUGGAUCCUGAAGCCCGCGUCGUCGUCGCGGGGGCGCGGGAUCACGGUCGUGGAUUCGCUGGAAGAUAUCACCUAUGAUCAGUUGGUCGUGGCGCAGUCGUACAUUCCAAAGCCCAUGUGCCUCGGGGGCCACAAGUUCGAUCUGCGACUGUAUGUUUUGGUCACAUCGUUCAACCCGCUCGAGGCGUGGUUGUAUGACGAGGGGUUUGCGCGGGUCGCGACGCGGCCCUUCAGUAGCGAUGACGUCUCGGACAAGUUCGUGCACCUGACGAACGCCUCGAUCCAGCGCCACAACGCGACGACGCAUGAAUUGUAUGGACCCCUCGUCGGCGCGGCGGAGGACGAGGCGGCCGGCACGAAAUGUACCUUACAAUAUCUGUGGAAGCAACUCGCGAAGGACCGCGACGUCGUUAAAAUCAGGGAGGAUAUCGAUGGGCUCAUUCUCAAGUCGCUGGUCUGCGCCGAGGACCGGAUCCCGCACCAGGCCUGCGCCUUCGAACUGUUUGGCUACGACGUGCUGCUCGACGAGGACGCGCGGCCCUGGCUUUUGGAAGUUAACGCGUCGCCGUCCAUGGCGCGCGACACGCCCCUGGACAAGCGCGUCAAGGAGAGUUUGAUAAGGGACACCGUCCGACUGGUCGACCCGAAGCCGUACGAUCGCGGCGCGGUCGCGGACAUUUUCGACCGGCGCCUCGCGGCGACACAGCAGGCGCCCCUCGCGCGCGACCUCGGCGCGCUCUUACCGGCGGGGCCGCCGCGAGUUAUUGGAGACGCCCCCGCGGCGCCGGGCGCGUACCGGCGCCUCGCGCCGUCGGCUCGCCACGACGCCGUGCGCCGCGUGAAGCGGGCCGUCUGCCGUAGUGGUUAA